CUGAAGUGCUGCUGGCUUGCAACCUUACACAAGGUCACAAACCUACAGCAGCUCAGAUCUUUUACGAAAGCACCACUUGGCUCAUUCGUCGCUUACCAUCCAGUUCAAGCAUGGCAACCCGAUGGGGACUCUGUGGUGCUGGGAAGAUCAGCCAUGACUUCAGCGUGGCCAUGAAGACUCUGCCUCCAGGAGAUCACCAGAUAGCGGUCAUUGCAUCCAGGAGCUUGGAGAGCGCCAAAGAGUUUGCCAGGAAGCACGGUAUUCCUAAGGCUUAUGGCAGCUACGAGGAGCUGGCCAAAGACCCAGACAUCGACGUCGUGUACCUGGGAGUGCUGCACACAGAGCACUGGCGGGUCGGUCUGCUGUUCCUCAACGCUGGAAAGAACGUGUUGUGUGAAAAACCUUUCGCCAUGAACUCCAGACAGGUGAAAGAGCUUGUCGCUGCUGCAAAGAAGAACAAGGUCUUCCUGAUGGAGGCCAUCUGGUCCCGCUGUUUCCCCGUGCACGCUGAGGUGCGCAGGCUGCUGGGGGAGGAGGCAGUUGGGGAGGUGAAGCUGGUAAAGGCCGACUUUGGCUCCCCUCAGCUCCACAUUCCUCGCUCGGUGAAGAAAGAGUUAGGCGGAGGAGCGCUGCUAGAUAUCGGAGUGUACUGCCUUCAGUUUGUCCUGAUGGCGUUCAAUGGAGAGAGGCCAGAGUCCAUCCAAGCCACAGGAGUGCUGCUUGACUCUGGAGUGGAUGAAUCAAUAGUGGUGGUGAUGACCUUCUCCAGGAACAGGAUCGCCUUCUGUUCCUUUUCAAUCGCCGCUCGACUUCCAAAUGAUGCUGUCAUCAGUGGCACUGAGGGCUUGAUUAAAGUUCUUGGCCCCAUGCACUGUCCGACCACACUGGUUGUGAAAGACGUAGAAACCGAGUAUCCUCUGCCUGAACCAUGCCUGCCUCUGAAUUUUACCAACAGCACUGGGCUUCGCUAUGAAGCAGAGGAAGUGAGGCAGUGUCUGCUUCAGGGACUUAAGGAGAGCCCACGGAUGCCUCUGGGUGAAUCUGUCCUACUGACGGAGAUCAUGGAUGAAAUCCGGAAACAGGUGGGAGUUGUCUUCUGCCAAGACAGCCAAUGAAAUCAAUCUAAAGCCAAGCUGUUUCACCUGACCUCGACCUACUCUGGUGGAGGAGGGGAAGCUGCUUGAGGCAGUGUUUGUGUGUUUGGUACAAGCAGAUCACUCAGGGCACUGAGCUGACACAUAUGUCAUGAAGUGUUUUAUUUUUUUGUAACUCCUGAGAUAAAUAUAAAACCAACAAAUUAUUGAAACAUCGUGAUUAUGAUUAUGUACCCUGUACAUGGACAAAAAAAACAGUCAUUCUAGAAGGUAAAAACCCUGAUGAUUUUAAAAACACAUAAUAUGCCAAACAUUUUUCUUCUCUUAAAAAUCCAAUAGAAAUCCAAGAAAACCACAGUGUAAACAGGCAACCAUGUUGUGCGUCAACAUCCUGUAAUCAAUGCCUAUAGGCUCUUUAAAGACAAACCCAGCUGUCACUCUGAGGCGUGUGAUUGAUGAAUGCA